UGCUUUUCACUCUUUAUCCCCUUCACAUUUUCCAUCCCCAACCAUGAACCAUCACACUGUAAGCCUCAUUCCCGCUCCCGCUCCAAGAUUCAGAAGUCAAAAAACCCUAACUCCUAUCCCACUCCAUAGACGAACAAAAGCACUCAUUUUCUCAACAAAAACCUAAACACUCACUUUGCUAUUUAUGCACCCAUUUUUUUCAAAUCAAGCUCAACGACGGCACACUCCAAAACCCUAAUUAAUCAAAUGGCAUAAACCUCAAUUUCAUUCAACUCGAUUUUGAUUUCGAUUGUUUUCGUUCUGCAAAAAAAACCUAAAUACUCUGUUGUGCACCUCAAUUUGCGAUAAUUGAUUGUUUCUUUUGCAGAUACGGUGGCAGAAAGGUUCCAGGACUAUCAUAUCUGAUGUCUUGGCUGCAGAUUAUAUGGAUGCUAUGUCGAAAAUCUGACUUCACGUUUAUAAGUUUCAGAAUUCAUCGUUUGAUCGUUUCUCCUAAGUCCUAUUAUGAGAAGAAAGGCUUGAAGUUGAUUGAUUCUCCUUUGUCUUGUGGUGUCAAAAGGGCUUCUGAAGGUUCUCUGACGAUUAUGGAAUCAUGUGCAGAUGAAGCUCUUGAGCAUGCUGGUUCAGUUCUUUCAGCAUUAAGUGAGAAGCUAUAUGUGAUAAAGGGGGGUUGUGGAGCUGGAGUUCAUAUAGCGUAUGCAGCUGAAGCAAUGGCCUUAAUUUGGAGUUCGAUUGGGAUUGGAUACAAGAAUCUUUUUUAUCGACAAAAGAUGGUGAAGGAACAUCCUGGUAUAACCAUUAUCCUGCUUUAUUGGUUGUUAUCCAUAUUAGGGGAAGAGUAGAGGAAUACUCCAUGAAUGGCUUUCACGGAGAAUGGUCGAGUUAUGCACCAACUUUUAUUUCUAUGUGACAAACCGUAUUUUAAGUGUCAACGAAUGUAUCGACAAACAAUAUUUUUUGUUAACGUUAAAAUAUUUUGUAGUAUACAAUAUUGGAAAAUGAUUAUGCAAUGGGUUUUUUGGUA